UCUCAGUCGAUUUAUUUUGCUUCGUUUGUGAUGGUGUGUUAUUCAAUCUAAAUUUAAUGUAAAAGAAAAUAUAAUGUAGAAGAAUAGACUGUGAUAUCUGAUGAUUUCAUAUUUUCUGGCUUUAAAACAUCCCCACGAUAAUUUAGAACAGCCAAGCGAUGAUUUUUAGCCUGAAAAGCUAUUGAACAAGCGGCCUGCAAAUGCUCGGCACAGUAUGAACGAGGUGUGGAGAUCGACAGUCGGAUAGAACUGUUGGGCCUUAGAAAUUUAUUUCUGUCUUUAUAUUUUUCACUGAUCCUUUAGUAGCGAUUCUUCACAAUUCAGAUGUUCAAUAUUUUGAUUUUAGAUUUAAUUUUUCAAAUCGAAUCGGAUAUCGUACAGCCGUGCAUCUAGCGUUUGCGAGGGUUGAGGAGCUCUUCCACGGCCUCUUUUUGCUUAGCGUUAUUUUUGUUAAAAUAGUCGUUUCUUGGCUUUUAGUGAGGGCUAUCGUCCAGAAAUUGGUGAAUAAAGCAGUCUUAGUAAUCCAUAGCCCAAGAUAAGGAUUGAAAAUAUGGACUUUCCAGGUCUUGGCGACUUUCCAUGUGAGCAGUCUCAAGUUAGCGGAAAGUGUGCGUUCUUCGUUGGAAGACACUUAACUUUGCGAGCCAAGUGGAGAUGUAUAUCCAUGGGCUCCCUGUGCAAAGGCUUUGUGUUUAACUCUGGGACUAUGAUGAUGGAGAUAAAAAAUGCUGUUGGAACUCAGCCGGUUUAUGCACCCGGAAUGGUGUUGUACAUUCGUAACAAGUACGUCAGUCGUAUGAAUCUGACUAUCGAAGAAUGUGCGCCCGUAUUAGACCAGAAGUCUUCAUCUCAUGGUGAUAGCGACUCGGACAUGGCGUGCAAGCUCCCAAAGCUAGAUCCAUUUGACAAGGCGGUGAUGCCAUUAAUGAGAGAUAAAGGAAAACUCACAUGUCCAGGCAGACUUGUCACUAGCAUGAAGGAUGGGGUGCUAGUCUUUGACCCAAAGGGAACUAAUGUCCAGCAAGUUGAAUAUGAGACGAUUAUCCGUGUGAAAGGCGAUUUUGGACAUGGUGUCGGUCGGAGGGGCAUUCUAACUCGUUCCGACAACACCGUAAUACUAAAUCACGAUACCGUACGAGUUGCGUUCCGCAAUGACAAGGGCGAGCAUCAGAUGGAUUUCCACAUGGACAUCAACCCUAUUCCCGGUGUGUCAGGCCGAGGGUCCAAAUCUCCUGGUAUCCCUGUCAACGUAUUAAUCAUCGGAUUUGACUCCACAUCCCGGUCUCACUUCAUGCGCAAGCUUCCGCGUGUCAAACAAUGGCUAGAUAAAGAGUUGGACACGUUCAGUUUUAGCGGCUACAGCACCGUUGGUGACGGUACCACACCUGCUAUGAUCGCCAUGCUGGUGGGAAAGCUUGAGGAACAACUUCCAGAGGCCAGACGCUCGAGGGGCGGUGUUAAUGUUGACGUGUGGCCCUUCAUCUUUCCCGAAUUCCAUGACAACGGCUACGUAACUGCUUGGUCAGAAGACCAGGCCAAAUAUGGAAUAUUCCAGUAUCGACUGGAGGGCUUCAAAGUGAAACCCGUCGAUCACUACCUUAGGAACUUCUGGGUGGCUGUUAGUGCUCACACAGGAGAUAUGGGUAGCCUGUGCAUAGGAUCCGAGCCUGCGUUCGAAAAGCGAUUUCGCUUCAUUGAAAGUUUAUUUGAAAAGUAUCCCAAAACAAGGAAACUCUCGUUGGAGUUCUUCUGUAUUACCCAUGACGAUAUGAAUGAUAUUGGGUAUGUGCAGGAUGAUUUUCUAAGGUUUCUGGGGAGUAUGAAAAGCAAGGGGUACUUGGACAACACCAUGCUUGUGGUAAUGGGGGACCAUGGCGCGCGAUAUGGACCCAUAAGAAGUACAAUAAUUGGAAAACUAGAAGAAAGACUACCUUACCUUUCCAUAUCUGUACCCAAAUGGUUUAAAUCCAAGCACCCCGACGUGCAUAAUGCACUCAAAGCUAACACAGAUCGUCUUACGUCGCCAUUCGACUUGCACGCCACCUUCCUCCAUAUACUACGAUACCCUGAUACACCCAAGGUCGACGUCGGUCAGAGCUUAUUCCAAGAAGUCCCCAAGUCACGCACUUGUGAAGUUGCUGGGAUACCUGUGCAUUACUGCACGUGCAUGGACUGGAAGCAAGUCAGUCCUGGACAUCACCAUAUAAAGCAGCUUGCCGAGGAGGCGGUCCGUCAUAUCAAUGAGCGCAUCCAACGUGAGGGCGUCGCUGACAAGUGUGCGGAGCUCCGCUUAACCGGUAUUCACAACGCGGUGUUUAUCGCUCCCAGCCGGCAGGUACAGACCUUCAAGGGCAGCGAUGACAUGUAUUACCGUGAGAUCUACGAGGGCGAUAACCCCAAAGGUAUGUGCAACUACCAAGUCCAGCUCAAGACCUCUCCCAAUGACGGCAUAUUUGAGGUGACUGGUUACAUCAGCAGCUACUCCCCACACGUCAACCCCAUGAUGAGUCGACUAGACGCGUAUGGCGACCAACCACAAUGCAUCACGGAAUCGCACCCUCACAUGAGGGAGGUCUGUUAUUGUUUGGAUAAACGUAAAGAAAAUGUUGGGUAAACCGGAUCAUCUGUGCGUCGAUUUGGUGGUGGAAUUCUAGUACUAAAACCCCCUGGCAGACACUUGCAAGUAAGGGAGUAAACUUUUGUGGUGGUGAAAUCCAAAGAAAUACUUGCCCCUUAUGGUAUACCCUUGUUGGGGUUCACAAGAUAUGGGAUACUUCAAAGGAGCACUCAAGCCCAAAGACAAGCCCUUGUGAGGGGUGACUGACUCACGCGUGAAUGAAGCUUAAAGUGGUAUCAGAGCCUAGAGCAAAAGGACCGGAUUCAACACCUGUCUGAACGCCAGUGCUGAAUAACGUAUGCGCAUGCGCGUGUUCUGGCAGAAACAAACACAAUCUCAGUGUUGACCCGUUCGAGUAAAGGUACGAAAGGAUGACUUCAGUCGUUGUUUUGACUAACUGUACAGCAUUAAAACCAUACUGUACAAAAGAUGACACAUUUGUUUGAUAAUCAGGGACUCAUAAAGAAGAUUAUACCCGUAGGUUUGGUCUAGUUUUCUUAGCCAUUCGUCGAAAUGUGACAGUUCGCUGGUAAAACGCCGCCAUAAAAAACAAAAAGGCUAGUUUAACCGCGCGGUACUGGAACUAGUGUUGCGUUUUUUAGCACUGUCUGUUUGAACAGUAUCCUCGAAUACAAAUAAUUUUUUCGGAUGAUCAAUUUCGAACACGUCUACAAUACAAAUUUAUAUUUAUUGUAAGACUCUUUUAAAAGUGCUAGUUUCUGAUAUAGACGUAGCAUAAAUUGAUUAUUGUAUAUAAUAAUUUAUCAGUUGCAAAAAGUAUUUUUUAACCUAUUUAUCAGUUGCAAAAAGUAUAAAUUAACCUACACUGACUUAUACAGAGGUUCUGAGUAUGGAGUAAAAGGCCGUAUUUUGUUCUAUUGGAUCAGGGUCAAUACUUUCCACUUAAAGUAACAACUCUCUAAAUUCUUUCUAAGGUUGCGGUACGUAUGACUUGACAACUGAAGACAUUAUUACAGAAAAAAAUCCAUCAGUUACCACUUCAUGACGUCAUGUCAUGGGACUGCGUGCACGCAUGCGCCGUUGCCAUGGGGACGACAAAAAAUCCGAAUGACAGUGGAGGCACUACUAUGUUAUCGUGAGCGACGCGACGCGGAGAGAGACUGGGCAGGGUGUGAUCAUCUACAAGCUUGAGAACUUCGCCGUUUAGCUCGACAUCUCUGUUAAAAAUAACCUUAUCAAUAAUCACGGGUCUAUUUACCGCCGACCACCCGACAAACGUUUAAACACUUACGAUGACUGGAGAUCCCCAUUCGUAGGGGUCAGUAAGAACUGGUCAGCGUCUAGACCCUGAAGGGAUCCGGUCAUGCGCAACGUAACGGCUGUCUCCGUGUUUAUGUUAAGAGCGAUGAUGGUGACGGCGCUUGCAUUGUAAUUUCUGGUAUGCGAAGAUAGACAACCGUCGGUCAAAUGAAAUAGAAAUAUCAAAAGGGAAUCCAUGGGUAAUGAUUACUUUCUGGAGGAGAGAUCAUUAGGGAAAACAAAAGGUAUACGAAGGCUUUGCAAACAAAAAAAUCAUCAAGCACGUCGGUAGCGGAUCUAGGGGGAGAGGGUUUAAGGGGUUUACCCCCCCCCCCCCCUUGUGCUGUGAGAAAGCCAUAUGUAGCAAAAAAUUACCCCCUCCCCCCUUUGUCACUGAUCCAAACCCCCUUCCCCCCUUUAGCGAUAAGCUAGAUCCGCCCCUGCACAUUUUUUGAAGAGAAUAAAUGUAGAGCUAUUUUCCAAAGCCCUUAAAAAACGGACAAAGUUUUUUUUUGUAAUAUCAAUUAAAAAAAUAUCGUCAAGA